CCUGCGCCGCCCGCUGGGGGCUCGGGCGGCUCGGGCUCAGCUCGAGAAGGCUGGCUCUUCAAAUGGACCAAUUAUAUCAAAGGCUACCAGCGGCGGUGGUUCGUGCUGAGCAACGGGCUCCUGAGCUACUACAGGUCAAAGGCAGAAAUGAGGCACACCUGCCGUGGUACCAUCAACCUCGCCACAGCCAACAUCACUGUGGAGGACUCCUGCAACUUCAUCAUUUCCAAUGGGGGUGCUCAGACCUACCACCUGAAGGCUAGCUCGGAAGUAGAGAGGCAGCGCUGGGUGACAGCCCUAGAACUGGCCAAGGCCAAGGCUGUGAAGAUGCUGGCAGAAUCGGAUGAAUCAGGAGAUGAAGAGUCUGUCUCACAAACUGACAAGACUGAGCUGCAGAACACCCUCCGGGCCCUCUCCAGCAAAGUGGAGGACCUGAGCACGUGCAAUGACUUGAUAGCCAAGCACGGCACGGCUCUGCAGCGCUCCCUCAGCGAGCUGGAGUCCCUGAAACUGCCGGCUGAGAGCAACGAAAAGAUCAAACAGGUCAACGAACGGGCCACACUCUUCAGGAUAACAUCCAAUGCCAUGAUUAACGCCUGCAGAGACUUCCUCAUGUUAGCCCAGACCCAUAGCAAAAAAUGGCAGAAGUCACUGCAGUAUGAAAGAGACCAGCGCAUCCGACUGGAAGAGACCCUUGAGCAGCUGGCGAAGCAGCACAACCACCUGGAGAGGGCGUUCCGAGGAGCCACGGUGCUGCCAGCAAACACUCCUGGCACUGCAGGUUCUGGUAAAGAUCAGUGCUGCUCUGGCAAAGGAGACAUGAGUGAUGAGGAUGAAGAGAAUGAAUUUUUUGAUGCUCCUGAGAUCAUCACCAUGCCUGAAAAUGUGGGCCACAAACGUACUGGCAGCAAUAUCAGUGGAGCCAGCAGUGACAUCAGCCUUGAUGAACAGUACAAGCAUCAGCUGGAGGAGACCAAGAAGGAAAAGAGAACUAGAAUACCAUACAAGCCAAACUAUAGCCUCAAUUUGUGGAGCAUCAUGAAGAACUGUAUUGGAAAAGAACUCUCUAAGAUCCCCAUGCCGGUGAGGUUCUUGCAUACACGGGCUGGUGCCCGGAGGUCCUCUCAGGCCGCACUAGCAUGCUGCUGUUUUUCUCAUAUUUGGCUUAAUUUCUGUACCUCUCUGCUUCCAGGUACCAUUCACUGUAUUUUCCAUGCAACUGGGCACCACUAUACUUGGAAAAAAGUUACCACGACAGUGCACAACAUUAUUGUUGGCAAGUUGUGGAUAGAUCAGUCUGGUGAAAUCGAUAUUGUGAAUCACAAGACAGGAGACAAGUGCAAUCUUAAAUUUGUUCCCUAUAGCUACUUCUCUCGGGAUGUAGCAAGAAAGGUGACAGGGGAAGUGGCAGAUCCAUCAGGAAGAGUUCACUUUGCUCUUCUGGGGACAUGGGAUGAAAAAAUGGAAUGUUUUAAAGUACAACUAGCCAGUGGGGACAACGGGGGUGAUGCUCGUCAGAGAGGUCAUGAAGCAGAGGAAAGCAGGGUCAUGCUGUGGAAGAGGAACCCUUUACCGAAGAAUGCAGAAAACAUGUACUACUUCUCAGAGCUUGCUCUAACUCUCAAUGCCUGGGAAGGUGGCACUGCCCCGACAGACAGCCGGUUACGGCCUGACCAGAGACUGAUGGAAAAUGGGCGCUGGGAUGAAGCAAAUGCUGAGAAGCAGCGCCUAGAGGAAAAACAAAGACUUGCCAGAAGGAAGAGAGAAGCUGAAGCUAUGAAAGCCACAGAGGACGGCACACCCUAUGAUCCCUAUAAGGCACUGUGGUUUGAGCAGAAGAAGGAUCCUGUUACCAAGGAGUUAACCCAUAUUUAUAGAGGAGGAUACUGGGAAUGUAAAGAAAAACAGGACUGGAGCACAUGCCCAGACAUUUUCUGAGAUGGCAGUAGCAAAUCGAAGGAGGAUCCAAAGGAGAAGAGGACAGAGGAUGUACGGGAAAGCUGGCAGUUGUGACUUUCUUACCGAGUGCUUUCCUCAAGUUUGUCUGUCUUAACCAAUCAUUUUUUUCCAAAUCAAUCACCAGAAGCAGACGCCAGUGGUGGUGAUUGGCUGGUUGCCUUAGCUGAUUGAAACUGAAAUCGAUAUACUAGAUACCGAUGUGUAUAAGGGAGAGGUUUAGUGGCUGAAAACUAGUGUUAUUUCACAUCUGCAAAGUCAAGGAUUCUUGGCUCUUCCUUCUCCCUGUGCCCCCAUUUAAGAGGAUGCCACCCUCCCUCCCCUGGUAGUAUCCUGUUCAGCCAGAAUCUACGUAAGAUUAUGAUUCAGGGGCAUUUUGGUGCUGUUCAGAGCAAGAGCUGAUUUUAGAAGUUCCUUUAAAAAGAAACACAUAAGACUUACAAACAGAGGCAUCGUGAGUGGUUGCGGUGGAGCUUAGGUAUAACGUUAUGAAAUGUGUUCCCAAAUGGGGCAGAGGUAAUGGGGUGUCCAUGCAUAGAUACCUGUGGUAUUGGAAUACCUGCGAGAGAGAUUUUCCUGUAGGAUUGGAAUAUUCAGAGUUACAUUCUUGGAAGUUUCUAUCUUAAAACACCCUUCUGCUGUUCUCCAUCUUUGACAGCAACUGAAGGCCACUUGGGUGGUUUGUCGGAGGGUUGCACUAUCCUCAUAACGAGGUUUUACGGACUUCCUCAGUCAGAGAACUUUUGAGAACACGAAGCAGGAUGGAUAAAGACUGCUAGCCACUUCUGCUUUCCCAGUUCUUCCUCACCCCCAUCCUUCGUUGCCUUCCUAGCUUCUCUUCUUUCUCCUGGCGCAAUACCAGUUUGAGUCUGUGCCCCAGUGUGGAGCAAACAUUGCCUGUCGCAUUCUGAUGUACUUCAGAAUUUGAGAGAAGGCGUUAACCUGGAAUAAAAGUUGUCACCAUCUCUCAAGCCCCGUGGACUGGAGAUACCUAUGGAAUAAUGUGUUAAAUAUUUGUAUAUUAUAUAUAUGUAGAGAAAAAUCUAAUUUUUUGGUUUGAUUUUCCUCUCUCCCAUUAAGAAUCUUGUUUUUUGAUAUUACUUGUCUCUCUGGGACUCUGUGUUGGACAUGUAGUGAUGUGGAUUGGAGCUCCUCUCUUUCUAACUUUUGGGGUCAGAUUCAGACCUGAGCAGGAUCACAGCUGGCAGUUACUCAACAGGGACGUUGUCCAUGGUUUGUAUCAUGAGGUGCCCACUGCUGUCUAAACUCUGCUCUCCUAAUUACCCAACUCUUGAAAAUGAAAUCCUUACCUCUUUCUUGUCUCUUUCCCUUCUUUUGUUAGGAAGAGUAUGGUAGAAGGUCAGCUGGGUAAUUUCCAGUUGAACGCUGCGUCUGUCCAAAUCACAGCCCACAGGAUAGAUCCCCAAAGAGCCUUCCCCAGGUUGCAGGGUGGUUAAGAGAGCUGCUUCUGUUGAGCCCUUGCUUCUUCCAUUUUUUGUUCUGUAUCCGUGUCAGUUGUCUUUUUCAAAACUCUGACCCCUGUGCCACCCGCCCUUGGUUGAGGAUCACAGAUUGAGGUGCCUUCCUUGUAUGUAUCUUGUUAGAGUUUUUUGUUUCUGUUCCUUAACUGCUGCGCCUCAGCCAGUGUGGGUCCUGGGGGAACUAUCAUUCCAGAGGAAGCCAUUCCUCCAGGGAAAUUAGGUUUAAUCCGGGGACAUUAGUUCUCUUAUUCCUUCCUCACCAUCCCUCCCUCCCUAGCUGUGAGAAACCUGAGAGAGGAGCAAAUGCUGGGGAACUUCCUUGGAAAAACCAGAUUCCCGACACAAGGAAGGGGGUGGUGCCAGGGCUGCUUUCAGGGAGGCCUAUAAAAGCAGGGACCCAGUCAGGAGCUUUAGACAGAGUAGGAAUUGGCCGACUAAGUUGAAUUUCCCUGCUUUAUCCCACUUUUCUUCCUACACCAUCCACACUACGUUUCUGGCUUGAUCCCUAAUCAGAUUCUGCUAAUGGAAGAAGCUUCGAGUCCUUCAGGUGGAAUAAAGUCACAUGGAAACAAAACAAAACUAUAUAUAUUUUUGGUUUUUUUGCCUUAUUGCCUUUUUUCCAAGAAAACUACUAAAUUAAAUAAUUUUUAAAAAGUCCCAUUGUUUGUCUGAUUCACUUCUAUGCCUGCUGUUGGUUGGGGGAGGUGUGGUGUCUGGUCCAGUGGUGAUUUGUUUGGGAGUCUGGGAGCCUUGUUCUCCAUGAAAAAUUGAAAAGAGAGGUAGACUUCAAAGAAAAACGGCACAGGCUUCCAGAUGUUUAACUGUUCAACACCAUUCUGGAAAGCCUAUGAGCAGAAUAGUGUUAACACUCCCUGCCCCUUCAAUGUAACGUAAUCAGUGCCCCACCUUGA